AUGAACCAAUCCAUUAACGCUGCCAAGACUAUAUCCGAGGCUUUAACCAAGCAUGAGCUUUUGCAAGAUGUCAUCAAGGACUCUUUCACUCCAAAGGGUUUCUUACUAGUUGAAUAUCCAACUAAAAAAAUUUCGGUUACAUUAGGUAACACUAUUGCAGUUGAAGAUUCUCAAGAAGAACCACACUUCCAAUUUAUCUCAUCUUCCAAUGUUGCUCCAGGAAGCAGUGAUGGCAUUGCCUCGUUUGAUUACAAUGAAGACUCUGAUUUAUUCACUCUAGUGAUGACCGAUCCAGAUGCUCCAUCAAGAACUGAUAAGAAGUGGUCUGAAUACUGUCAUUUCGUCAAGACAGACAUCCAAUUAAAGAAGUCUGCUGGCUCUGCUUCUGCCGGUGGUUUCACUACGUCUCACUUCGAAAACAAGGGUAACGUAUUACACAGUUACAUUGGUCCAGGUCCACCAAAGGGUACUGGCUUACAUAGAUAUAUUUUCCUACUUUACAAGCAACCUCAUGGUGUUAAGGGUUCCAGUUUCUCUAGUAUCCCAGAUAGACCAAACUGGGGUACUGGUAUUCCAGCAACUGGUGCUCACCAAUGGGUUACUGCAAACAAAUUGGAAUUAAUCGCCUCUAAUUUCUUUCUUGCUGAAAAUGUUUAA